UAUUCAUAUACAACCCUUUUUUUUGUUUUACAUUUAAGGUAUAUUUUAGAGGUAUUGAGAGGGAUUUAUCACAACUUUAGAUGGGAUAAUCCGCAGAUACCACUGAUCAGGUAUAUUGAGUAACUGGGGGGCAACACUCGGAAUGCAGAGGGUGUGAAGCUGCAGUAGACUGUUGAAGAGAGGCGUUGUGCCAAAGGUCUGCAGCCUGGAGUCAUCUGGUAAACCCCAAAACGACCCGUUGGAUACUGAGACGUCCCGGAGGCAGUAAAGUGCGCCCCCCCCCCCCCUCUUCUCUCCCCUCCACGGAGGGUGAUGCUGAGAUGAUGCAACCAGGGGAGGGGGAGAGAGAGGCUCACCCCGGCUGCUGCUGCCAACAGAAAGAAACUGACACAUGAAACCGAUGCUGCCUGCCGUGUGAAGUUGGGAAUUAAGCGAACUGUUGGCCGCCGGAAAAUGAAGAGCUAUCGGGCGUUCAUCAGCGUAUCGAAAAAGAGAAGUUAGGAGAACCUUCAGAUUGAGCUGUAAAUGUAUCGGCGUCAGAGAGCUCAGAAUGAAGAAGUCGGUCCGGCCAGCGGUGGGUAAGGUGAGCGGAGAUCGAGGGAAGGCGGAGGCCACGGUGACCUCUGGGUCCGGAAAGCCUGCCGCCAAGACCAGCACCGCUGCCCCGCUGUCUAAGGUGAAAAGCAAUGAUGACCUUUUAGCAGCGAUGACCGGAGGGAAUCCUGCAUCAAAUAAUGCUGUCAACAAGACCAAGAGGACUGCCUCCAUUGGGACUAAUGCUAGUAACAUAGACAGCAAGCCAAAGCCAACAUCGGGUGCUUCAUCCAAGCGGACGACCUCUUCCAUUUCCAAGGAGCCAAAUUCAUCACGAGACCGUCUCCGGACAUCCAGGACCUCAGCCAAUAAGAAGCAGUUGGUAUCAGGGACUGCAGCGGGGGACGCCGCAUCAGGGAAGCGCUCUCGUGGCCAGCUCCUGCCCGAGUCUGAUGGCCGUAUGAGCAAGUCCAGAUCCGAUGGCCAGAUCAGUGAUAAGGUGGCUCUGGAGACCAAAGUGAAAGACCUGGUGGGUUUGGCUAAAAGCAAAGAUGUGGAGAUCAUCCACCUUCGCAGUGAGCUGAGGGACAUGAGGUCCCAGCUUGGCUUGGGAGGGAAGGAAGCGCCGCAGCAGGAAGAAGCUGGGGAGGAAGAGGAGGAAGAGGAGGAGGAGGUGGAGAAGCCUCUGGUUUCUGCCAUCACGGCAGCAGACGUGGAGUCCACUCUGAUUCUCCUACAAGAGCAGAACCAGGCCAUCAGGGUGGAGCUCAACCUGCUGAAGAGUGAGAACCGAAUGCUAAAAGACCGACUCAAUGCGCUCGGCUUCUCCCUGGAGCAGAGGCUGGAUGCCUCUGACAAGCUUUUCAACUACGCCUCCCUGAGUCCGGACCUGGCCGCGGGCAGUGGGCAGAGUGAUGGCGGAGGAACGGGUACGCUGACCUCCUCAGUGGAAGGCUCAGCCCCCGGCUCCCUGGAGGACCUGCUCACAGGACACCAGCUCGGAGGGUCGGCGGACAACCUGGACAGCGAAUCGAGCGAGGUCUACCAGGCCGUCACCUCCAGCGACGACGCUCUGGACGCGCCCUCCGGAGCCUCCUCGUCAUCCGAAUCGGAGUGCGCGCCCAGCAGGGAGCGCUCGCGCAGGGGCAGCGGCACCAAUGCCGGCGAGGUGUCAGUGGCCUGUCUGACGGAGCGCAUCCACCAGAUGGAGGAGAACCAGCACAGCACCGCCGAGGAGCUCCAGGCCACGUUGCAGGAGCUGUCCGACCUGCAGCAGAUCACCCAGGAGCUGAAUGGAGAGAACGAGCGGCUCGGUGAAGAGAAGGGGAUCCUCAUGGACUCCCUGUGUCAGCAGAGCGACAAGCUGGAGCUGUACGGUCGGCAGAUCGAGUACCUGCGCUCCCUGCUGGACGACCAUCAUGUGUCGUACGGACUAGAGGAGGACAUCAAGAGCGGCCGCUACAUGGAGCUGGAGCAGCGCUACGGAGACCUGGCAGACAACGCCCGCUUCGAGAGGGAGCAGCUGCUCGGGGUUCAGCAGCACCUGUCGAACACUCUGAAGAUGGCGGAGCAGGACAACGCCGAGGCCCAAGAGAUGAUCGGAGCGCUGAAGGAGCGGAACCACCAGAUGGAGCGCAUCAUGGACUCGGAGAGACAGGGCCGAGCCGCCAUGGGGGCCGCGCUGGAAGAGUACAAGGCGGCGGUGAGUUGUGACCAGGCGGAGCUGAGCCGCUGCAGGAACCAGCUGGACCAGGAGAGGCAGAGGGUGGCCGAGUUGUACUCCCUUCACACGGCCGGGGAUAAAAAUGACAUCUGCCAACUGCUGGAAGGAGUACGUCAGGGGAAAGAGGAGGCGGAGGCCAAGGCGGCGAAGCUGCAGAAGGAGCUGGAACAAGCCCACAGUGAACUCACUCGGCUACAGGAGAGUUUCAGUAAGCUGGACAGGGAGUACAGACACUUCCAGGAGCAGGUGCAGCAGCAGAUGGCCGAGCAGGAGCGCAUACUGGAGAAGCAGCGCUUGGAGCUGCAGGAGAAGGAGACUGAGAUCGUGGACAUGAAGGAAACCAUCUUUGAGCUCGAGGAUGAGGUGGAGCAGCACCGAGCUCUGAAACUCCACGACAACCUCAUCAUCACAGACCUCGAGAACUCGGUGAAGAAGCUGCAGGACCAGAAGCACGACAUGGAGAGGGAGAUUAAGAUUCUUCACCGCAGACUGAGGGAGGAAUCAAUGGAGUGGCGUCAGUUCCAGGCCGAUCUGCAGACUGCUGUCGUCAUUGCUAAUGACAUCAAGUCUGAAGCCCAGGAGGAGAUUGGAGAUCUGCGGCGCCGGCUGCAGGAAAACCAGGAGAAGAACGAGAAGCUGUGCAAGGAGCUGGACGAGGUCAAGAGCCGCAAGCAGGACGAGGAGCGAGGCCGAGUGUAUAACUACAUGAAUGCAGUGGAGAGGGACCUGGCUGCUCUCAGACAAGGGAUGGGUCUCAGCCGGCGGUCCUCCACCUCCUCAGAGCCCUCGCCCACCGUCAAGACACUCAUCAAGAGCUUCGACAAUGCCUCCCAAGGUCCACCUACCAAUGGGAGUCCCUCAGUGACGCCAACCGCCGCGGCCUCUCCAAUACCACGCACCCCCCUCAGCCCCAGUCCCAUGAAGACGCCCCCAGCAGCUGCUGUUUCACCCAUUCAGAGACACUCCAUAACGGGCUCCAUGUCAGCAGCCAAGCCGCUCUCCUCCCUGAGCGAUAAGAGGCCCAGCUACACGGACAUCACCAUGCCAGCUGAGCACCUCCUCAGGGGAACAUCCGCUAGCCGACCUCCGUCCGUCCACCAGCAGCGGGUCUCCAACAUGGACUCCACCAAGACUAUAUCAGUGUCCCGCCGGAGCAGUGAGGAGAUAAAGAGGGACAUGUCUGCUCCAGAUUCCUCCUCAACCUCCCUGAUGGCUAUGAGUGCUGCCUCCUCCCCGCUCUCCCUGUCCUCCUCCCCUACCGCCUCCAUCACCCCCACAGCACGCAGCCGCCUAAGAGAAGAGAGGAAGGACCCGCUGUCGGCUCUGGCCAGAGAGUACGGGGGCUCCAAGAGAAAUGCUUUACUGAAGUGGUGCCAGAAGAAGACUGAGGGUUAUCAGAAUAUUGAUAUCACAAACUUCAGCAGCAGCUGGAACGACGGCCUGGCCUUCUGCGCUGUGCUCCACACCUACCUGCCUGCACACAUCCCCUACCAGGAGCUCACCAGCCAGGAAAAGAAGAGAAACUUCACGUUAGCUUUCCAGGCUGCAGAGAGCGUGGGCAUCAAAUGCACUUUGGACAUAAACGAGAUGGUGCACACCGAGAGGCCGGACUGGCAGAGCGUCAUGACUUAUGUCACGGCCAUAUACAAGUACUUUGAGACCUGACUCCGCCAUCUCACCCACCCAUCCUGCAGCACAAGCCUCUCAAACCCACGGACAACUGGUAUACCUCACUGCCCGCCCCCCACCACAAAACAUCCAGUCACGCUGCAUGUCGGUAUUCAGCAACACUAGAGGCAGACCAGAACCUCGGUGGACUCCACACAGUUCCUACGUUCACAUCCUCCAAUGCAGCGUCGAGGGUGCUUUGUGGAGAGUUUCCCGAGGACUGGCCCGUACGUCUGCUGUUGCACUAAAGCCAUGAGAAGUAACGCUGGUGAACCAAGUCCGAGCUGACCAGCGAUCAUCUUAUUCCCUUUUGCGUGUUAAGGAGCUGCAUGAUAAAAGGAAGCCGGUCUCGGUGCCUUCUACCUGCCUUUACUUGGCAAAUAAUAUUCUGUUACCCUCAACCUAGUUUCCUGCAAAUCUGACUCUCAGCCUGCUACUCUGCCAGAGCAGCCAUUUUUUUAUAACUAGUCCUCGUGCUUUUUUCUUCUUCUUUCUUUCCUCGGUUGUGAAUAACAACCCAAAGGUCAGAGACGUUUGAAUUUCCCCGGACGACUCUAAAAGUCUUCCAGACGUUACAGUUCGAGGUGCCUCUCUCUCUCUCUUCCGAGGGAUAAAGUGCCUGUGAGUUUCGAUGCAGGAGACCAGGAUAUGAGCUCUCCCGGUGUGCCAACCCUCCAGAGGCAGGCGGUGUCUUUUCACGACAGUUUGUGAAGCUAAAGAUCUCAGGAGUUGUUGCCUAAUAUGUUUCACGGCCUUUUGAUUGUCGAUUUCUGACUCAUCGGUUAUCAGGAGUGAUGCUGCGGACGGCUACUGCAUCAGCAGCGGAUCAUGACUGACAGGAAUAUACCAAGUUCUACAACACUUCUACACACAAAGCGGCACUAACGCACUCUGAUGAUGCUUGUUUCACGAAAAGAUGACUGAUGUGUGUGUGUGUGGAGUCGAACACUAGCAGUGUUUGCAUUGUGUCGCCCUGCACUUCUUUCACUAGGCACGCGGUAUCAUUUCAUCACAACCAAAAUAUGAGUGAAUAGCAUUUAGUCUCUUGAUGAAGUAUGUGUUUAAUUGACAUGUGCGCUGUGUUUGGAUCAGAGAGCCUUAAACCUGAUCAGCCUGAGAGUCUUAAUUCGAUAACUAGACUCCGUGAUGGAGAAAUGUGCUUCAGUGUUUGGACAUUUUGCAGAAACAGAUUCGUAGGUCAAGACACACUUUUGUAGGUCAAUGCGGCGGCGCAUGAAAGGAACAGUUGAUCUCAUUGGAGAAAUACAAGUAUUCCCUUUCUUGCAGAGAGUUGGGUGAGAAGAUUGAUGCCACUCUCAUGGUCGCUGGUCUGGAACGAGGAGCUGGUUGGCCGAGCACAGGAACCUCUCACUAACCGACAUGUCCUCUCGUGAUGGUCUCUGGAGUUCUAGAGUCGCCUUAGAGAGGUGUGUUGGCAGAUGUGUCCGUACAAACCCAGGGUCGCCGUGUCCCCUCUGUUCCCAGUCCUAAUGCUAAGCUAAGCUAGUCACCGGCUGGCUCUGGCUUCACAUUCAGCGCACAGAAGUGAGUGAUAUCGAUCUUCUCAUCUUUCACCCAGCAAGACGGCAAACGGUUGUUUCAUAAAAUCUUUAAUUAUUCCUUGUACAUUUAUCAUAAUUUCUAGCUCCAAAUAUGCAGAAGUAAUCGGACAUUUCAUUGUGCUGUUUACUUACUUUGUGUUAAUACUGAUGCGGUGUUAGGCGGCUAGUUUUUGAAUUUCCUAGCAUGACUUCCAGUUACUAUCGAGAUACUUUGUAGCGCACAACGUCAUAUAGUUUGUGCGAUUUCAGUCGGCAACAUUAAUGUUGUGCAUGACACUUUAACUCCCCUUAUGUUGUGUUUACAAGCAAUAUACAAGCAUGUAAUUAAUGGUUUAUAGCUGUAACGUAGCUUUAAGGACAUUUUAAAUGUUCAAUGCAUAGUCUGUCAGCAGUUAUAACUUCUCCUAUCGAGACUUAUUUAUAUCAUUACAACUGUGUUUCACUAUAUUGUCAUUAUUUAUCUGUUCAUAGAGCAGCCUCCACAUAUGGGUGUCCCCAGGAGGAAUUAUAGUUGUGGACAUUAAUAAACACUUCUACAUGCUUCCAGUUACAUUUCAAGUAAACGAUAAGCCAUUUAUGAUUAAAUGUAUUCUGUUUUAAAAUGCUGAAUCUGGGGAUUUAAAGUGAAGCGCCACCAUGUCCUGCUGCCCGACUGCUGUGUGUUCAUCGUGCCAUACCACGCUCACUGUAUUUAUUUAGCAUGGUUACCGAUCGUCGUCGUGAGGGUCGCUGCUUCGUCUGUGUCCCCAGUGUCCAUGAAUUGAUUACACAGACAGUAAGCAGCUGCACUGAGAUACGCUUUUUGUAUUGCGCACUAACUUCCUGCCUUCACGGUGAAGCCGAGGCUCCUGCGAGUGAAACUGUGACAUUUCAAAACCGCGGUUACCUUUGCUCCCCGGGCAAGAGGUCGCGGAGUGGAGACGGUCACCAGAACCAGGUCCUUCUUGUUUGAGCCCCUCGAGGAGCGCCGACACUGAGCGAUGCUCAUCAACCGCGUCUGGCGAAGGCGACGCCACUCGGCUUCGAUUGGGAUCGGAUGGAGCUGCCCGCUGGUUUCCAAGGCAACAUCAGAUACAACAUUCGCCGUCUCUGUCUGGAAGCGCAUCCUGCCGAGCCACAUGGACGCGGUGUGUACGGCCGCUUCGGUGAUUUAAUGUCGCACAACAACCGUUUCUUUAUUUUGUGUGUGCGAGAGAUCGUGGUAUUAAAUGACAUUUGAAAGCAUCGGCUCUCUGUCCACGGCGGUGCCGUGAGGCCGCGUUGCUGAGGGUCGGCGGCCAACCGUUUUAUGGCGUUCCGCUCGGUUCCGCCGCCGGCCCACGCGUUUUAUCGCUCCCGCCGGGAAAACGUCUCGAGAGCUCCAGAAAAGAUUUGAAGCCUCUCCAUCCUGGAAGCGGAAUGUGUUUUUGAUCACGCUUUAGUGAUCCUGGGACUUUACGAGGUCCAGCGAGUGCUGAUAUGAAGAGUGAUUGAUGAACAUGAGAGAGCAGGCGGCUGGAGGCACAUUCCAGCUGCGCAGGGUGCAGCCGCCGGGGACACGGCCGACUGUUUGGGACCCGACAUGCGUCGCUUUACAACGAGCAAAGCAAAUGUGAACAGUGCAUUGGGUCUUUAUUGGCCCCACGUCAUCGCAAUUCAAUUAUUUUUCUUUGUGUUUACUUGAAAAUGCUCUGAGAAUUCCACUGAACAUGCUUUAGUUUGUCUUUUUGUUUCCAUGAUGCCUUUUUUUAAUUAUUUCUUUACAAUCCAUGCCGCAUUUUUGUUGUUGGUGGGAUUGUUUUGUUUUUCUCUCGUCACACUACACGCAGAGAUGAAAUGGUCCCUUUGAAAGGGUAAAGCUGAAUGAACAGAUGUGUGUGUGUGUAUUUGUGCGUGUCUGUGUGUGCAGAGGGACUAAGCUACAGUAUUAAGUGCACACUACGAUGAUAAUCAGUAAGAAAUAAACGAAAAUGACAAAUUUUGUCUGGUUUUAUUUUGCUUGAUUUUUUCUAGCAAUAUUUAUAAAGGACUAUUUAAAGAG